UAUGAUACUUGUGCAUUGUUCCGUUCUUCUACUUCUACCACUUUGUGGCCAACAUCAACAAAUUGAUAAUACUGCCAUUUUUAGGUUGGAAGUGUCUAGGGGUACUGAUCCGUACCUCCACUCCACUGGACAAGACUGUUACGGAGUCUCCAGACAAGACUUUUGGGGUUUUCCAGGGGUAUCAUGUAGUGAAUUCGGACAUGUUAUGGCAGCAUCUGGUCAACCUUUCCCAGUGUCCACACAGACAUCAGGAGUGAUAUUGUCAAGUCAGGGUGUGGCAAGCAGUUUUGGUCAACCAGUUUAUUCACAACCCCAGUCAGCACAGAUGACAAGUAUGCAACAUCAACAGUCGUACCCAGGACCCAGUCCUUCAUCUACUUCUGUACAGGUUCAAAUGAUGUCACCAACAAAGUCUCGGGACUUGGUUUCAGUGUGUAGACUUGGUCAAGAGACAAAUCAGGAGCUAGUGAAUAAACUGUUAGAUGUUUUCAAACAGUUCAAGACUAUGCAGUUGCCAAAUGGAACAAACAACACACAGUAUCAUGAAAGAAGGAUGAAAAUUGAAGAAAGCUUGAGACAACUCAACUUCAUCUUUAGAAGGCUGAGAGCAAUAUAUGAUCGAGUGUCUGAGACAAUAGUUGACCCAAAUGAAAACCCAGAGGAGGUAUGACUUCAUAUAUGUAAU